GAGGGUGCUUUCCACAGGUGAACUACAGUGUGUGAAUCCAGUGGACACAGGAUUUUGUCGAAAAGCUCAAGAACACAACUGAUGUCUCGUAGAGGAUCCAGAAAAUCCAAAGCUGAGCUGAGGUGGACGGCUCAUUUUGUCCUUGAAAUCGGUGCUGACGUACCGAAGUGACACAGUACAUGUGAUUAGCCUCUUGGUUAACUUCCAAAACUUGAAAGGUCCAAUUAAUGAAGAUACCACAUACACAUCCAUGAAUUAUAAAACACGGUGAAAUCAAGACAAUACUGACUCAGGAGCUACGUCCCUACUGACUAGCUUCCUAGUGCUGGAAGGUGCUAUCUACAUCCCCAGAGGAGAAAAGGCCCAGGAGUGGCUGUGGAAGGGGGUGAAAAGACCAUAAGAGCCAGAAGUGGUGGAUGACUACAAGAAAGCAGUGUCUUCAGGACACAGCAGGUGGGAAGACAUUGCAGACAGGUAUUUCACUGCAGUCUGCAUCACAAAACCAGGAGAUAGACCUGAAAGAAUGAGAGGAAAAAACUGAAAAGAUGAGAAGAGCUUGUGUGCUUCCCUGAAUCCUACCUACCCAAAAUGGAACCUGUGUAGACAUGUGUCUACUGGAGAACAGCAACAAGACAAGGGAGCAGUCUCUAAGUACAAAGCCCUGAGAUGAAAACACAACCCAAGAUAACACAACACGGUAUCUGAAAUAUAGAUACCAGAGAUAACAAAAUCCAAAGCUUGGAAAACUAGAUGUCUGUUGACUAAACUCCCAAUCCUCAGAAGGUACACACUGAAGGAAGUGUUCACGGAGGGAGAAGACAUUGGAUUUCAUAUAAAAUACUCCAGUGACUUUUUUGCUCACAGUCAUGGGUCAGCUCCUCUCUGGUACACCUAAGAAUGACAACAAUGGAAGUUUGGAGUGCAGCUUCACCGAAUAUUUUAAGAAUUAUAAGCCAGAAAACAAAAUCAUUUCUGAGGAAACAAUCCAUUUAAUUGAGUUACACCUAAAAAAAGGAAAUAUUCAGGGAGCAAAUUCUGUAAUCAAUGAUGCAUUAAAGAAUAUUGAUAAUGCAGCAAUAAAUGUUGCUGUGACAGGAGAGGCUGGAGCAGGGAAGUCCAGCCUCAUCAAUGCCCUAAGAGGAGUUAAAGGUAAAGAGAAAGAAGCAGCUGAAACUGGGGUAACAGAAACAACCAUAACUAUAAAGUCAUACAAACACCCCAAAAUUAAAAAUUUGACAUUAUGGGACCUGCCUGGCAUUGGAACUCAGAAGUUUCCACCAAAAAGUUAUCUGGAAGAGGUAGAAUUCAAGAAGUAUGACUUUUUCAUUGUUGCUUCUUCACAACGACCUACAAUACAUGAAGUAGAACUUGCCAAAGCAAUCAGACUUAUGAACAAGAAUUACUACCUUGUGAGAACCAAGGUGGACUCUGAUCUAGACAAUGAAAAGAAGGCCAAACCAAGUACCUUUAACAGAGAAAACACCAUGGAGAAGAUUCGAAGUUCCUAUCUGGAAGUCUUUAGAGACAAACAAACUGGUGAACCUCAGGUGUUCUUGAUAUCUAACCAUGAUUUAUCCGACUAUGAUUUUCCACUCCUGAUGGACACCCUCGUAGGGGAUCUUCCUGCUCAAAAGCGACACAAUUUUAUGCUUUCCCUGCCUAAUGUUACUGAGGCAGCCAUUGAAAGAAAGUACAACUCUGCCAAGCAGUUUGUCUGGUUGGAAGCCUUGAAGGAUGGAGUUUGCUCUACUGUUCCUGUAGUGGGCAUCCUCAUAGACAAUGAUGUGGAAAAGCUGAAGGCAAGUUUAAACCACUAUAGAGAUCUCUUCGGAGUGGAUGAUCAAUCCCUGGAGUUCAUGGCUAAGGAAGCCCAAGUGCCUGUUGAACAACUGAAGAAAAAACUUAAAUCUCCUUAUUUGUUGGAAACGGAGAAAGAGGAAACAUAAGGAGGAAAGCUUUUGAAGUAUUUGGAGAAAUUUGCCUCAGCUAAUGGUGGGCUCCUGGCAACAGGGCUUUACUUUAGGAAAAGCUAUUACUUGCAUUUUUAUUUCCUUGACACAGUGAUUGAAGAUGCAAAAUUUCUCCUCAGAGAGGCAUAUUCAAAAAACUAGCUCAAACUUGGCUCACCCACAGCUACUGACAACUACAAAACCAAAGAGGUAAUAUUAAGAACUCAUUAGAUAAAUACCUCCUCUUUUCUUUACAUGAGCCAAUUAACUGCCACCCUGGCAAAACCUGAGGAUUAGGGUCAGGGUUAUCAAUAUGUCAGAACCUGACAAUCCAACUCUACAUGCAUGCUUGAAUUCACACACACACACACACACACACACACACACAGUGAGCUCUGUGUCACUUCUCUACUUCCUUUUUUUUGCAACUUCAACCUCUCGAAAUUGUAUACAAUUAUUCCUUCCUUUAUGUACAUCUUGCCUUUAUGUGUUUAUUGUGUUUCAGAAGAUACACACACACACCUGCACACAGAAACACACAAACACACACAUGCACACACACACACCUGAGCAUUCUCAUCCUCACUAAGCCUGGGUUAGAGAGUGAUUAGCAUGACUUAUAGAGUCUAUCAACAGGAAGACUUAAGACCAAAGUCAAAAGAAACCAGAACCACUGAUCAUAAGUUUGCUAUUAACCAAUCAGUUUCUACAAUCAUCAGCAUCCUUCUAGAGACAAUAAAGAGCAUCUAUAAUUCAGUGCCAGGACCAGUUCGGAAUCCUGAGUUCCCCAUCUCUGUCAUUACUUAUCUGGGCUGGGAUCAUGAAGGACUUCUUUAAUCAAUAUAUGAUACCACGUGAUAAUACUUAAUAAAUUGUUGAUUACAAAGAG